AUGAGAAGGCGAGCGCUUUGGGGAGAGAAGCCUGAGAAACCUACAGGCUGGUGGAGUUUUUCAUCUGGGACACUCCGGAGCCCAGGAGAGAGCAGUCUGUCUCCCUUUCACGAGAUGGCUUCGGCGAAGACCUAUGUGACCAAGUUCAAGUCCUUCGUGAUUUUGUUCUUCGCCCCGAUCCUGCUGCUUCCACUCAUCAUUCUGGUACCUGACAAGUUUGCCAGGUGUGCCUAUGUUAUAAUCCUCAUGGCCAUCUACUGGUGCACAGAUGUCAUCCCAGUGGCUAUCACCUCCCUCCUGCCUGUCUUACUCUUCCCACUUUUGAAGGUUCUGGACUCCAAGCAGGUAUGUGUCCAAUACAUGACGGACACCAACAUGCUGUUCCUGGGCAGUCUCAUUGUGGCCACGGCUGUGGAACAUUGGGAACUUCAUAAGAGGAUUGCUCUGAGAAUGCUACUCUUUGUGGGGACCAAGCCUUCACGGCUGAUGCUGGGCUUCAUGUUCGUCACAGCCUUCCUGUCCAUGUGGAUCAGCAAUACUGCCACCACGGCCAUGAUGAUACCCAUUGUGGAGGCCAUGCUGGAGCAAAUGGUAGCCACAAAUGUAGCGGUGGAUGCCAGCCAGAGGACAAUGGAACUGUUGGACAAGAACAAGGCCAGCGAAUUGCCAGGAAGCCAGGUGGUAUUUGAAGACCUCAGUGUGCAGAAGCAGGAGGAUGAAGAAACAAAGAAUAUGUACAAGGCUAUGAACCUAUGUGUGUGCUACGCAGCCAGCAUCGGGGGUACAGCCACCUUGACCGGGACGGGACCCAACGUGGUGCUCCUGGGCCAGAUGCAGGAGUUGUUUCCUGACAGUAAAGACGUCAUGAACUUUGCAUCUUGGUUUGCAUUUGCCCUCCCAAACAUGCUUUUGAUGCUGGCGAUGGCCUGGCUGUGGCUCCUGUGUUUUUACAUGAGACCCAAUUUAAAAAAUACUUGCAUCUGCUGUGGGAGGAAGAAGAAAGACACGGAGAAGAUUGCCUCCAAGGUGCUGUAUGAGGAGUACAGGAAGCUGGGGCCCUUGAGCUACGCUGAAUGCAACGUGCUCUUUUGCUUCGGCCUGCUCAUCAUCCUGUGGUUCUCCCGAGACCCCGGCUUCAUGCCUGGCUGGCUGUCCAUCGCCUGGAUCGAGGGAAAUACCAAGCAUGUCACGGACGCCACAGUGGCCAUCUUUGUGGUCAUUUUGCUUUUCAUCGUACCCUCACAAAAGCCCAAGUUCAAUUUCAGCCGCCAGACUGAGGAAGAAAGGAAAACUCCCUUCUACCCCCCGCCACUGCUGAAUUGGAAAGUCACCCAAGAGAAAGUGCCCUGGGGCAUCGUGCUGCUCCUGGGGGGAGGAUUUGCUAUGGCCAAAGGAUGUGAGACUUCAGGGCUCUCUGAGUGGAUGGCGAGACAGAUGGAGCCCUUGAGCUCAGUGAGACCUGCUAUCAUUACCUUGAUCUUGUCCUGUAUUGUUGCAAUGACCACAGAGUGCACGAGUAACGUGGCCACUACUACCCUGUUCCUGCCUAUCUUUGCCUCCAUGGCUCGUUCCAUCGGCAUCCAUCCACUGUACGUCAUGAUUCCCUGUACCUUGAGUGCGUCACUUGCCUUCAUGUUGCCUGUGGCCACCCCACCUAACGCCAUCGUGUUUGCCUACGGACACCUCAAAGUUAUUGACAUGGUAAAAGCAGGAUUGGUAAUGAACAUCCUUGGAAUUGCAUCUGUGUUUCUGUCAGUCAACACCUGGGGACGGGCUGUGUUUAACUUGGAUAAAUUCCCCGACUGGGCAAAUUUGACACAUAUUAACACCUAGGAGAACCACAAGAGCACAGGCUUGUCCCCCAACCCUUUUGAGGACCGCAAACCUUCUGCCACACCUUGCACAGAGCACUGGUGCUCCUACCCCAGCGUGACCCAACGAUGUCAACACCCCAAGAAGAUCUAACCAACUAGCCACCUCUUCCUCCAGGCUCAGGUUCAGAGAUGGCAACGGGCGAUGGGAAGAUCGGCUCAGAAGGGAAAGGAACCUUUGAGAGGUCGUGAGGCCCAUCUUCCCUAGGACCCUUCCAUCUCACCUGGGCAGGAAACAGAGGGACUGGGGCUCAAGUCCUGUACCACGUGGCUUUGAAAGACGUCUGGCUCCAUGCUGGGCUCUGGUUCUCUCAUGCCUGUUCCCACCGUCUCCACAUGGGGAUCAGAUGACCAGGAGACAGCCCCUGUGCCUCUUCUGGAUGUUCCCAGGUCAUCAUCUCUAUCACCACGAAGGAACUCCCUCUCCAGGACAGAACUCUGAUCUUGAACACUUUCCACUGCCAGAGUUAGAGUGGAAAUCACGGCCCCCUGAAGACUUUGACUCUACAUGGCGCCAGCUCCAACCACUGGGCAACCUGAGGUGCUAACAUUGAGGCCUUCCUGCUCAUCCUUGGCUGACCUGUUCCCCACUUGCCUUAUCUCUUAUUAGUUAACAGUUUGAGGCCCCUUCCCAGCUCCCCAGUGAGCCUUCAUCAGCUCCUAGAUGCUCCUGGCUGAGGCUCCCCAGAAAGCCCCUGUUUGAUUGUUCUGGGGAUGCUCAUCCUGCCAGCCUGGUGCAGCUGGGUCAUACUUCAGGGAUGGACAAUGGUGUCUCUUUAGGGGAUGGUGUGAAAGUGGGAUACCUAAGCCUUCCUUCCUCGGCUGGGUCCAGAGCAGAUGCAGCAGCUGUUUAUAAGGGCUGGGCCACCACAGUUGGUCCUGUUGGACUCUUGCGCUCCUUCAGAAGGCCUUUUCCUUGAUGUCUGUGCACUGUGGCCAAGCCUGGUGGCAACCGGGCAGGGUUGAGAUGAGCAAUGCUUGCUGGUGUCUGAGCAGACAGACCCUGCCAGAGUGAGCUGACUAGGCAGAGUGUCCAUGGGAACCCAUGGGAUGCCUCCCAUGAAAGGGAGACAGGAGAGGAAGCUCUCCCUUGUCCUUCAGGGAUGCUCUCUUCCUUGCUUAGUUUGCUCUGAAAAGAAGCAUGAGUGGGGAGAUAAGAUCCGUGGAUGUCAUUUUAUUUUUCCAGGCAGAAGACAGUAUGAGGACCCAAGGAGUCCCCAUCAAAGACCAAGUAUGUGUCUGGCUCCUUGGGAGGGAUGGCUCCUGACCACAUUGUCAAAGGCUUGCUCUUGUCAAAUACUCUGUCUGCUAUGGAAAGUUCCAGUGUGCUGACUGGUCUGUGAUUUCGUGCCUUGUGAAGGAGACAGAGGGAGGCAGAUGAAUAAACAGUUGCUCUCUGUCCACC